AUGGCCCUGCGUGGCAUCCGGCGCACGCUGCGUAGCGCGCAGCGCAUCGCGCCGUCGGCGGUGCAAGGCCUCGCAGAGGCGCUACAUGCAACAGCGAGCACAGCUCGACCGGGGGAGCUGGGACUCAUGGAGGCCAGUCUCUGUGUCAACGAGUUGGCGCGCAAGAAGUCGACCAUCGACUUCGCUGAGGUGCCUCAGGAGACCUGGGAACAGAUCGUUCGCAGCUGUGUGCAGAUCAUGCCCAUGCUUCCAGCACGCAACUUGACGCUGUUGAUCAACGCCUUGGCUCACCUCUCUAGCGCUGCGCCGCGAGAGCCGUGGGCUGAUCUCGCUGUGCAGAGUUUGCUAAAGGUGCCAGUGGGCGGAUUUUCAGCACAGGACCUGUGUUUGACCCUCAGCGCCAUGGUGCGCAUCUCCUGUACUCGGCAAGACCUGCUCAGCCGGCUGUUGCGGGACGACUCUCCUCCAUUGCUGGGAGACUUGGAAGCUCGUGGUACUGCAGCCUUCGCCCACGCCGCCGCCCAGCUGCCAACGCCCGAAGUGGCGCAGCUCUUGGAACAGCUGCGGCCCAAGUUGCAGAGAUUUGCCGCGCAAGGCUUCCGUCCCCUCGAAGUGGCCUUGACACUGGACGCGCUGUCCCGCUUGGACGCGAGUUGGGCGGAGGAAGCCAUCAGCGAGAUGGAGGAACAUGUGCUCCGCGUGCUUUCAAAGCUAAAGCCAGUAGAGGUGGUCAUGGUCACCAGUGCCUUCUCGCGGCGCAACAUUUUGAAGUCAACAGAGCUGGCGCGGCAGCUGACCAAAAGCAUCGCAGAAAGCUUCGAGAAGUGUAAUCCAGCAGAGGUUUGCAUUUUGCUCCACUCUAUGGCCCGAUUGGAGAUGUUGAGCGUCCCCUUGGAGCCACCCAGCCCCGAACAUGACCUGGUCCUGGCAAUGUUGGAGCACUUAUGUCCGGAGAGGACGCAAGGAUUGAAGAUGUGCUCCCUGGAUCACAUCAUUCUGCUGAUCCAUGCCUUGGCCAAGCUUUUGGUGCGUCCUCCAAAGGCCUACUGGAUCCACCUGGAACAACGACUGGGCACGGAGGACUUUGAUCGCGGGAACGCAGUUCGCUUAUCUUUGGCAGCUGCGAAGUUGGACUACAAGUCCCAUUGUGUCAGACAGGUCUUUGCCCGGGCUGUGUGCCAAGGGCCGUUAACAGAGCUGUCAGACGAGGCCUUUGCGUCGAUAGUUUUGGCAUUGCUCCAUGCCUUUUACUUCAACGAAGCCCUGCUGGAAAGGCUCCUGAUACACGGUGCGCAAAGGGCUAUCAACUCACAGAGCUUGGCAUUGCAGCUGAGGACGGCCCUGAUCGCGUUCCUCGGACGCCGUCAUCGACGCCUCGGCACGCUGCGAGCCUUGCGCACGCUGGAGGCGCAGACCGCGGAGUGCGACGCCUGGAAAGCGCAGAUGGCGGCACGACCCAGCCCUUUGCAGUUGGAUGUGCACCUGCACACCUGCGCAUCCUUGAACUUGCCCGCUUCGCAACUGCACUCGGAAGUACUUCUCUGGCCCUUCUCGAUCGACGCACUGCUGUGGACAAAAUGGGCUCACUUGGGCUGA